AUGGCAGGGGAUCAAUUCCAAAUAUCGCAACUUGCCGUUCCGGCAGUGAGCGUCCUGAUCUGUUUCCUUGCUUAUACUUCACAAUACUUCUUCCUGCACUUUGAGCCCGCGCCGCUCCAGGUGGAUGAAGUGUGGAGGAUCAAUAUCUUCGCCCUCUGCAUAUGGGUCUGCUAUUAUCGAACCUGCUUUGUGGACCCAGGACGUCUCCCUUCCGAUAAGAAGCACGAAGACCUAAAUGCGGAGAAGGACCAUGCUAGAGGCCGUCGGCAGCGAUGGUGUCGUAGAUGCGAAGCAUACAAACCACCCCGAGCUCAUCACUGCAAGACAUGCAAGAGAUGUAUUCCCAAAAUGGAUCACCACUGUCCUUGGACUGCCAAUUGCGUCUCUCACUUUACCUUCCCACACUUCAUGCGCUUCCUGUUCUAUGCAGUCGUUGGAAUGUCUUAUCUCGAGAAAAGACUCUUCAAACGUGUCGCUAUUGUAUGGGACAGCCGAGAUCUUCCCAGUUAUCUUGGCCCGUCAGUUGGACAACUGAUACAUUUGUUCAUUCUGUUUGUUCUUAAUAGUGUUACUGUUUUUGGACUUUUUGUUCUCCUCCUUCGCGUCGUUUAUUCUCUUUCGUUGAACACGACGACCAUUGAGUCCUGGGAAAUCGAGAGACAUGCAACUCUUGUUCGAAGGGCCCGUGCUCUGGGUGGUUAUCUCGAUGGCCCCGGUGGAAUGAAAGUUCGAAUCAUGCACCAAGAGUUCCCUUAUGAUAUUGGAAUCUUGACCAAUAUCAAAGAAGGCAUGGGAGGAAGUUGGAAUAUCAUAGGCUGGUUCUGGCCCUUUGCUGCAACUCCUGAUCGUCGCACCGGCUGGGAGUUUGAAGAAAACGGAUUUGAAAAUGCCGGUGUAUCAUGGCCACCACCGGACCCAGAUAGAAUUCCAAUGCCCGAUUUAGAUACGCUGAAUUAUAAUAUCGCGACGUAUGCAUCAGCUAGAGAGGAAGUGGAUGCUUUCCAUCGUCGACAAGAAGCCGAUUUUAGUCGGCGCAGGCCUUUUUCGCAGAUUCAAAAGCGACAAAAAUUCCAUGAACGAUAUCAAGGAGAACACCAUAAGGUUGAAGAUGGUGAUGAACCUGUGUAUGGCGAUUCCGAUGAAGGUGAAGAGGGUUGGAGAAACUCCGAGGGAGAAAAUCUGGGAAACUACGGAGUCGAUAUUGAAGCUGAGUUCUACGACGAGGAUGAGGAUGAUGUGCCGUUGGCAGUUCUCAUCAAUCGGCGGAAGCAGAAUCAAUAA